GCAGUUAAUGGAGAAGCAAAAGCUGGUUGAGUUUGCAGAAGCCCUUCGCAGCAAGCUCAACUAUUUUGAUGAAUUGGAGAAUGUAAGAUUUCAUCCAAUUUUUAUUCUCCAAACAUGAAUGUUGGUAAUGCAAAUUUUCUUCCACUUCUCAAACGACUUGAUGAGUGCAUAUCGUAUGUUAUGAGCAAUCCUCAGUAUGCAGAAUCCAGCAUAUAUUUGCUUAAGUUUCGGCAGCUCCAGUCUCGAGCUCUGGGUAUGAUCCGAUCUCAUGUACUUUCUGUUCUUAAAAGGGCCUCCUCUCAGGUCCAGGCAACAAUCCGGAGUAGUGGUGGCAGCAAAGCAUCUGUAUCAGAGGGUGUAGAGGCAUCUGUAAUUUAUGUUCGCUUCAAGGCUGCUGCAAGUGAGCUUAAGCCAGUGUUGGAGGAAAUUGAAAGCCGGUCAUCUAGGAAAGAAUAUGCACAAGUACUUGCAGAAUGUCAUAAGCUGUAUUGUGAACAGAGGCUUUCUUUGGUCAAAGGCAUUGUACACCAGCGUAUAUCUGAAUUUUCCAAGAGAGAGGCUUUGCCAUCAUUGACUAGAUCAGGAUGUGCAUAUUUAAUGCAGGUCUGUCAACUUGAGCAUCAACUCUUUGGUCAUUUUUUCCCAUCAUCAUUGGAAGAUAUUUCGAGUUUGGCUCCAUUAAUAGAUCCCUUGUCUACAUAUUUGUACGAUACAUUGCGGCCAAAACUAAUCCAUGAAACAAAUGUUGAUCUUCUUUGUGAACUUGUUCAUAUUCUUAAAGUUGAAGUCUUAGGAGAACAGCUCAGUAGACAGACUGAAUCUCUGGCUGGUCUGUGUCCAACACUGCAAAGAAUUCUGGCAGACAUUCACGAGCGGUUAACUUUUCGUGCUCGAACUCAUAUUCGUGACGAGAUUGCAAAUUAUAUUCCAUUUGAUGAAGACUUGGAUUACCCUGCCAAGCUGGAGCAAUCUGCUGAGACAAAAUCAGAAACUACCACUGAUGAUGAAAGCUCCGAUGUAUUCAAGACUUGGUAUCCUCCGCUGGAGAAAACUCUCUCUUGUCUUUCAAAGUUGUAUCACUGUUUAGAGCCUGGGGUAUUCACUGGCUUAGCGCAGGAAGCAGUAGAAGUUUGCUCUGAUUCUAUCCAGAAAGCAAGUAAACUCAUUGCAAAGAGGUCAAGUCCAAUGGAUGGACAGCUUUUUCUUAUCAAGCAUCUUUUAAUCCUCAGGGAACAAAUUGCACCAUUUGAUAUAGAAUUUUCAGUCACACACAAAGAACUUGACUUCUCACAUUUGCUGGAGCACCUGAGGCGGAUCCUUAGAGGUCAAGCUUCACUAUUUGACUGGUCAAGAUCCACUUCAUUAGCAAGGACCUUAUCACCCCGAGUUCUGGAGAGCCAAAUAGAUGCCAAGAAGGAACUGGAGAAAAGCCUCAAAUCCACAUGUGAAGAGUUCAUUAUGGCGGUCACCAAGCUAGUUGUCGAUCCUAUGCUUUCAUUUGUGACCAAGGUGACUGCUGUUAAAGUUGCUUUAUCAUCCAAUAGUCAGAACCAGAAGGUAGAGUCGGUUAUGGCCAGACCACUCAAGGAUCAAGCUUUCGCUACUCCAGAGAAGGUGGCUGAGUUGGUUCAGAAGGUAAAUUUGGCUAUCCAGCAAGAGUUACCUGUAGUGAUGGCAAAAAUGAAACUUUAUCUGCAGAACCCGUCAACACGGACAAUACUUUUCAGACCAAUAAAGACAAACAUUGCGGAAGCUCAUGCUCAAGUACAGUCCAUACUUAAAGCAGAGUACUCACCUGAAGAACAAAAUAUCAUUAAUAUGGUUUCUAUACCGGAUCUGCAAGCACAACUUGACAAUUUCCUGUGUUGUAGAUCAGUAGAGAAGAACCUGAGUACUAGCAACUUGAUAAUGGGAACAGAGAAAGUAUUUUGUCAUAUAGGCCAAUUCUGAGGGAGCAAGGUCAUUGAGAAGGAGACAGUAUGUUGAGAAAUUCUGCUUGAAUUUAUUUCAGAGCCAAUAUCAAUUUAUUCUUUGGAAGCUGGAAUAUAUUGUAAUGUAAAUUGGACAACAAUAAUAAUUAAGCAUAUUUAGAACUUAUA